CCGGCCCCGCUCUGUUCCGCUUCCGGGAGACGAGAGGCGCGCAAGGCUGCACUGGUUGUUGGUGGGACUGUGAAGGCCUUGGACGUCUCUGCCCUCGGGAUCUUGGUGCGUCUGUGCGGCCGGUGGUACUUACGAGUGCACUGGGUCCCCGCUGCCUGGCGGUGCUUUCAUUUUCCCCCGGAGCAGGAGAGUGCAGCGAUGGCGACCCCUGCGCAGCCCAAGAAAAUCGUGGCGCCUACUGUGUCCCAGAUCAACGCGGAGUUCGUAACACAGUUAGCAUGUAAAUACUGGGCUCCUCACAUCAAGAAAAAAUCUCCUUUUGAUAUAAAGGUGAUUGAAGAGAUAUAUGAGAAAGAAAUUGUCAAAUCAAGGUUUGCCAUCAGAAAGAUAAUGCUGUUGGAAUUUAGUCAGUAUCUUGAAAAUUAUCUCUGGAUGAAUUAUUCUCCGGAGAUGUCCAGCAAGGCUUAUUUAAUGUCCAUCUGCUGUAUGGUGAAUGAGAAGUUCAGAGAAAAUGUCCCUGCAUGGGAGACUUUUAAGAAGAAGCCAGACCACUUCCCAUUCUUUUUUAAGUGUAUCCUAACAGCAGCACUAGCUGAAACUGAUGGUGAAUUUUCCCUCCAUGAACAGACAGUCCUGCUGCUUUUUCUUGAUCAUUGCUUCAACAGUUUGGAAGUAGACUUGAUACGAAGUCAAGUACAACAGCUUAUCUCCCUUCCAAUGUGGAUGGGCUUACAACCUGCACGAUUGGAAUUAGAAUUAAAAAAGACACCCAAGCUAAGGAAGUUCUGGAACUUGAUUAAAAAGAAUGAUGAAAAGAUGGAUCCAGAAAUAAGAGAACAAGCCUAUCAAGAAAGAAGAUUUCUUUCACAACUCAUCCAGAAGUUUAUCUCUGUGCUGAAGUCAGUCCCACUUUCUGAACCUGUCACUAUGGACAAAGUUCAUUACUGUGAAAGAUUCAUUGAACUUAUGAUUGAUCUAGAGGCCCUGCUCCCCACAAGACGCUGGUUUAAUACCAUCCUGGAUGACUCCCACCUUUUGGUUCACUGUUACCUUUCCAAUCUUGUCCACAGGGAGGAAGAUGGUCAUCUUUUUUCCCAGCUUUUGGACAUGCUGAAGUUCUAUACGGGUUUUGAAAUUAAUGAUCAAACUGGGAAUGCCCUGACAGAGAAUGAGAUGACCACAAUUCACUAUGAUAGAAUUACUUCCUUACAGAGAGCUGCUUUUGCACAUUUCCCUGAACUCUAUGAUUUUGCCCUCUCAAAUGUUGCAGAAGUAGAUACUCGAGAAUCAUUGGUCAAGUUUUUUGGACCUCUUAGUUCAAACACACUCCAUGAGGUGGCAUCAUACCUCUGCUUGUUGCCAACCCUUCCUAAAAAUGAAGACACAUCUUUUGAUAAAGAAUUCCUUCUAGAGUUGCUGGUAUCUCGUCAUGAACGUCGCAUUUCUCAGAUUCAGCAGCUAAAUCAGAUGCCUUUGUAUCCAACUGAGAAAAUUAUAUGGGAUGAAAAUAUUGUCCCAACUGAGUACUAUUCUGGAGAAGGUUGCCUUGCUCUUCCCAAGUUAAAUUUGCAGUUUCUGACUCUUCAUGAUUACCUCCUAAGGAAUUUUAAUCUCUUCCGCCUGGAAUCAACUUAUGAAAUUAGGCAAGACAUCGAGGACAGCGUCAGCAGAAUGAAGCCUUGGCAAUCUGAGUACGGUGGUGUGGUGUUUGGUGGCUGGGCACGGAUGGCUCAGCCCAUUGUGGCUUUCACUGUAGUUGAGGUUGCCAAACCCAACAUAGGUGAAAACUGGCCAACCCGCGUUCGUGCAGAUGUCACCAUCAAUCUGAAUGUCCGAGAUCACAUCAAAGAUGAAUGGGAAGGUCUUCGUAAACAUGAUGUAUGCUUUUUAAUUACGGUGCGUCCCACAAAACCUUAUGGAACUAAAUUUGACCGCAGGAGACCUUUUAUUGAGCAGGUCGGCUUGGUUUAUGUCAGAGGCUGUGAAAUCCAGGGCAUGCUGGAUGAUAAAGGGCGUGUCAUUGAAGAUGGACCUGAGCCCAGACCUAAUCUUAGAGGAGAAUCGAGGACAUUUCGAGUAUUUUUGGAUCCAAACCAGUAUCAGCAGGAUAUGACCAAUACUAUACAAAAUGGAGCAGAAGAUGUGUAUGACACUUUCAAUAUAAUAAUGAGGAGAAAACCAAAAGAAAAUAAUUUCAAGGCUGUGCUGGAGACUAUUCGGAAUCUGAUGAACACUGAUUGUGUGGUACCUGACUGGCUGCAUGAUAUCAUUUUAGGUUAUGGAGACCCAAGCGUAAUACAAUUCAGUUCACUCAUACACAAAUAGAAGCCAUCCGUGCUGGGAUGCAGCCAGGGCUAACUAUGGUUGUGGGCCCACCUGGUACAGGAAAAACAGAUGUGGCAGUACAAAUCAUAUCCAACAUCUACCACAAUUUUCCAGAGCAGAGGACUCUUAUUGUUACCCAUUCCAAUCAGGCCCUGAACCAGUUGUUUGAGAAGAUCAUGGCUUUAGACAUUGAUGAGCGGCACCUACUACGUCUUGGUCACGGAGAAGAAGAGCUGGAGACUGAGAAGGAUUUCAGCAGGUAUGGAAGAGUUAAUUAUGUCUUGGCUCGAAGAAUAGAACUUUUAGAAGAAGUCAAACGAUUGCAAAAGAGUCUAGGGGUUCCAGGAGAUGCCUCAUACACCUGUGAAACUGCAGGCUAUUUCUUCUUAUAUCAGGUGAUGUCUCGCUGGGAAGAAUAUAUCAGCAAAGUGAAAAAUAAAGGUAGUGCCUUGCCAGAUGUUACAGAAAUAUCCACUUUCUUCCCCUUCCAUGAGUAUUUUGCAAAUGCUCCUCAGCCCAUUUUUAAAGGCAGAUCUUAUGAAGAAGACAUGGAAAUUGCUGAAGGAUGUUUUAGGCAUAUUAAGAAAAUCUUUACUCAGCUUGAGGAAUUCCGAGCCUCUGAACUACUUCGAAGUGGACUGGACCGCUCGAAGUACCUUUUGGUGAAGGAAGCUAAGAUCAUUGCUAUGACCUGUACUCAUGCUGCCUUAAAACGACAUGACCUGGUCAAGUUAGGUUUCAAGUAUGAUAACAUUUUAAUGGAAGAGGCUGCUCAAAUUCUGGAGAUAGAAACUUUUAUACCCCUCCUUCUACAGAAUCCUCAAGAUGGAUUUAGCCGGCUGAAACGAUGGAUUAUGAUUGGUGAUCAUCACCAGUUACCGCCAGUCAUUAAGAACAUGGCCUUUCAGAAGUAUUCAAACAUGGAGCAGUCUCUCUUCACUCGCUUUGUCCGUGUCGGAGUUCCAACUGUGGAUCUUGAUGCUCAGGGUAGAGCCAGAGCAAGCUUGUGUAACCUCUACAACUGGCGGUACAAGAACCUUGGAAACUUACCCCAUGUGCAGCUCUUGCCGGAGUUCAGUACAGCAAAUGCUGGCUUGCUCUAUGACUUCCAGCUCAUUAAUGUUGAAGAUUUUCAGGGAGUGGGAGAAUCUGAACCUAAUCCUUACUUUUAUCAGAAUCUUGGCGAGGCAGAAUAUGUAGUAGCACUUUUUAUGUACAUGUGCUUACUUGGUUACCCUGCGGACAAAAUUAGUAUUCUAACAACAUACAAUGGGCAAAAGCAUCUUAUUCGUGACAUCAUCAAUAGAAGAUGUGGGAAUAAUCCGUUGAUUGGAAGGCCAAAUAAGGUGACAACUGUUGAUAGAUUUCAAGGUCAACAGAAUGAUUAUAUUCUUCUUUCUCUUGUACGAACGAGAGCAGUGGGCCAUCUGAGGGAUGUUCGUCGCUUAGUGGUGGCCAUGUCUAGAGCUAGACUUGGACUAUAUAUCUUCGCUAGAGUGUCCCUCUUCCAAAACUGUUUUGAACUGACUCCAGCUUUCAGCCAGCUCACGGCCCGCCCACUUCAUUUGCAUAUAAUUCCAGCAGAACCUUUCCCAACCACUAGAAAGAAUGGUGAAAGACCAUCUCAGGAAGUCCAGAUAGUGAAGAAUAUGCCCCAGAUGGCAAACUAUGUGUACAACAUGUACCUGCAUUUCAUACGGACUACACAUCAUUAUCACCAGACUUUCUUACAAUUACCACCUGCUAUGGUAGAAGAAGGAGAGGAAAUUCCAAGCCAGGAGACAGAACUAGAAACAGAAGAAGAGGCCGUGGCUGCUCAAGAUGACAUCAUACCCAGUCCAACAGAUGCCAGCUGCAGUCCAGAGACCCCAGCCUCUCAGCCUGAUUCCACCUCUAGUCAGGCUAAGGCUACCCUUGAUCAGACUGAGAUGAGCCCUAGUCCAACAGAAGUCAUCCCUGCUUUGUGUGAGAUGGCUGCAGUGUCAGCAGGACUGGCUGCUCCACUGGCAGAGGCUGCCACCCCUCAAGAUGCCACACCCACCCUAGAAGAAACCAAGUAGCCAAACUGCAGCCUUUCUUGGGAAGGACAUUUCAUUCAUGAAGUUAUUUUUUUAUAUUUUACCUGUGCCCCUACUAUUUAAAAGGCACCAACUGAUGUUCAGUCAUUGUUAAUUGGUUUUCUUGUUAUGUACAUUUCUUGUACAUAUCUUUAAAAGUUGUAUAUGGACAACUUUUGUUUCAUUUGUUUAAUCAGAAAGGCAAAGAACCAUUCCACACACAUUUUGAUCACUGAAUAUAUCUGUAACAAUAUGCACAUUAAAAUAAUUUUCUGUAGAACACAUAAGACAUAUUUCAUGUUUCUAGUAGACUUCUCCAGAGGAAAAAGAUAGAACACGCUGGAUUUAAGCAUAAAUGCCCUUGUGCCAGGGUCCAAAUUAGGAGGAAAUUGUCUCUGACAUCAUGCUCAAGUUCUGUUGCUUUUUUUCACUUCCCUUGCUUUCCACAAGGAUUAACAGCUGUAAGAUAAAGUUUCUCCAUUGUAUUAAAGAGGUCAUCUGUA